CCCGUUGCCCUGCUCUUCUCUCCCCGCUCUCCUUCCUUCCCUCUUUCCACUGCCUUUUCCUCAGGUCGCGCGGGCUACGUACCCUGCCCGCUCAAUCCCAGACCCCGCGCUGGACUAAUAGCGCCCCCCUCACAUUCUUUCCUCCCUCAGUCCUUUCCACUCACCCAUGGCGACUCGCUCAAUUUCUUUGCUCGCCCUUGCCGCGCUCCUUGCCCCGCGCUGCGUCCAGGUAGCACUGGCAGCUACUGCAGACGAUUGGCGCGGGCGCAGCAUAUACCAGGUGCUCACCGACCGCUUCGCGCUGCCGGAAGGCGCAGACACCAGCGCGUGCAAGGUUGAGGACCAGACUUGGUGCGGUGGCACAUGGAACACAAUCCGCGAAAACCUCGACUAUAUUCAGGACGCCGGCUUCACCGCAUUGUGGAUCAGUCCAGUGAACCAGAACUAUGAUGGCGAACGCUCAGCCUACGGCGACGCAUACCACGGCUAUUGGAUCAAGGAUAUUUCGAAGCUGAACGAUCGCUUUGGGACGGCGGACGAUCUCAAAGCGCUCUCGGAUGAGCUUCACAAGCGCGACAUGUACUUGAUGGUCGACGUCGUUGUCAACAACGUUAUGGCUACCUCUACCGACCCUGACUUCUCACAAUACUACUUCAAGGACAAGGACCAAUACCACCCGUACUGUGGUAUCGAAUGGGGCAACAGCACGAGCGAGCAGGACUGCUGGCUUGGUGACGAGAAGGUUCCCCUUCCGGAUCUGGACACGACGAAUUCCGACGUAAUUAGCGGGUACCACUCCUGGGUCAAGGAGCUCGUGCAGACGUACAACAUUGACGGUCUUCGUAUUGACGCCGCUAAGCACGUCAACAUUGAUUUCUGGUCAGACUUCUGCAAAGCGGCCGGCGUCUUCUGCAUUGGCGAAGUUUUCGGUGGUGACAACGUCGACGCCUUGGCACAAUACCAGGGUCCCCUCGACUCCGUCUUGAACUUCAACAUGUAUACUGCUCUCAUGUCGGCGUUCAAGAUUCCUGGGGACUUGGAUGUUACCAAGAUCACCAACACGCUCGAUGAGUCUAAGCAGAAGUUCAAGGACAUAACCGUCCUCGGCAACUUCCUCGAGAACCAGGACUUGCCGCGCUGGCAUAACCAGUCUGUGGAUCCGCAAUCGCUCUACAAUGCCAUGACGUACACGUUCAUGUCGAGCGGUAUACCCAUCAUGUACUAUGGCCAGGAGCAGUACUUCUCCGGUGUCGGCGACCCGUACAACCGCGAGCCGCUCUGGCAGUCAAACUACGAGAAGACAAUCGCCUACAACCUGACGGCGACGUUGAACAAGUUCAGAAACCAUCUCGUUAGCACGACCGACUGGGCUACCCAGGAUAUGACUGUCUUGACGACGAGCAAAUAUGGCAUUGGCUUUACCAAGGGCGAGGUUAUCACCGUCCUUACGAACAUUGGCUCGCCCGCGCAGAAUGGCACGCAGAUAGCGGUCAAGUCGCCCUACGGCCCCAGCUAUGCUAUGACUGACGUGCUGACGUGUCAGCAAUGGGUUACCUCCUCCGAAGGCAUGCUGGACGUCGAGUACACCGCUGGCGGCAAACCAGUUAUCCUGGUUCCGGAGAAGCUGCUCUCUGGUUCCGGCCUUUGCGGCCAAGACUCGAAUCUGUCCGGCAAUUCGAGGUCGCAGGACUCUAACGACGGCGCGGUGAAUGUGGUCUCGCGGCUUUAUGCCACCUUAUUAUCUGCCGUUCUCAUCUUCGUUGCAUGGCCUUGGUAGUAGUUGCCUCGGCCCCCUCUCAUUCUUCCUCCCGGUGUAUAGUACGACGGGCCUUUUGUUGUUGUUGUGGAGUUGGUGUUGGGGAGCAAUUGUACUAUACUUUCGGUUGCAAUACUGGUACUGGCACUUGAUAAUGGAUUUGUGCAUCAAGUAAGCAGCUGCUGGAGCAUGGGAGUAACGGAUCGUCACACGUCAC